AUGAUGGCCCUGAGACGCUUCAGCAGCCACAAUAGCGAGGUUGGGCAUCUGCCCCGCCCGGGGUUUGCACACUCGAGCAGCCAACUGGUCACCAAGCUUGAUCCUACAUUGCUGAAAAGUGUAUCUUUAAGCGAGUGUGUGCGCGGCUUUGGAAAGUACCUGGAUUCGACUCGCUCCGUCGACAAAAAGCUGAGUCGACCUGGCGAGAAGUUCGAUGCCUUCAUCAGUCACGACUGGGGCACGAGCCGUUGGCUCAAACUGGGCUGCCUUCUGAUCCUCUUCAACACCCGUGCUGCUGUGGUCGGGACCGUCCUUGCCAGCACCAUAUUGGGAGUACUUUGUUCGCUGGAGGUGCUACCAACCAACGAUUUCGUCGUCAUGGCGGGUCAUGCGGUGUUUCUGUUCCUGAUGUGCUUUUGGCAAAGCAUCCGCGAUAUCUGCAAUGCCAGUCCGCGAGUUUUCCUUGACAAGCUGUGCAUCAGCCAAGAAGACCCUGAGGAGAAGAAGCUUGGAAUCUUAGGCCUCGGGGCUUUUUUGAAGGCCUCCGGGAAGUUGGUGAUCUUAUGGUCGCCGCGAUACUUUCAUCGCUUGUGGUGUACCUAUGAAAUUGUGACAUUUCUGCGAUUGCACGGCGAAGCGGCCCGGAUCCAGAUCAUGCCAGCAAAAAUGGCUUGGCUCCUCGCGUUGACUGCUUUGAUGUGGCAAAGUGUACUCUUCACCGGUCGAUUUUUGAUCGAUUCAGUUGGUGACCCUGUUUGGUUUCCGGUGAGUUUCGCCAUGGUUUUGCUGGAAGUUCUUGGUCUACUUCCGCUGUACAACUAUCAUGGCCUGGAGAUCUUUGCGGAUAUCGAGGAGCUCCCUAGCCAGCUACGACAGUUUCGACUUCAGCAGGCUCAGUGCACAUGCUGCUCGAUUGGGCAUCGUCACCCCGAUACCGGUGAGAGGAUCGAGUGCGAUCGGCAGCUGGUGCUGAGCACUCUGCAGCAAUGGCACAGCGAGUCGCAAGAACCAGAAGACCCAAGUUACGCCUUCCUCGAGUCUUUCAACAGCCUGGUUCAAAACCAGCUGUCCCUGCACGGAAAUGUUGGUGGUGAUAUGCUACUGCUGGCAGACUAUGCCAUUUUCGCUUUGGGAGCAAACGCUCCCUGGAUGAUUUCAAAGAUACCUGUCAUUGUGAAUGGGCCGAGUGAGCCGCUCGCUGGUUUGGCCCUUUUCAGCUGGACAUUGAAGCAGCUACUCGACCAUCUCAUGCUCUACAUGCUGACUUUCACCUUCAUGCGCGUGACCAUGUUCAUGUGGAAGUAUGUUGCUCCCAUCCUGGUCUUCGAAUCGCGGAGGAAUUCGGCGGUGGUCUUAGUAGUUCCACAGCUUGUCCUGGGUGCUGUGGCUUGGGCGCCUUGGUGGUUCCUGCUUCAGCAGCUGUCCGAGGAGAGCUUGGUUCCCCUCCUAGCAUUCCUUCAACUUCUCAUCGUCGAUGUGCUCCUCCUUUUCGGAUUUCGGCCGUCCGUUACCUCCCAGGUUCCUGGCGACGGUCCAUCCACCCGCGGCACAGAGCUGGGGAGGGAAGUUGAAGCAGAGCUGGGGAGGGAAGAGACUGCGAGAAGUGACCUGGACUUCAUGGGGGUGCAAAGCUCCCUGAGCUGUCCUGAGGAGGACGUGAGGUGGUCUAGGUCGGAUGACUUCUUUUCGAUUUGA